GGGGCAGGAGGUGGGCUGCACCCUGGACACAUCACCUGUCAAUCACAGCACUGAUGUACAACCAAUCAAUGCGUGUUGAGGGAGGUGCAUCAAACUACCAGUCAAGAGACCUUCUGUGAUAAAUAUUCAGUACUGUCAUCGACAACUGCCGGCAUGAAGAUGAUGAUACAGGUGCUCAUCGCGACUGCUCUCAUGUGGACUACUAGCAGGUUAUACUGCUGUGAGGAGGUGUUCUACGUCAAGGAAGGAGACACAGUCAACCUGAGGCUGGAAGAGCUCGAGGCCAACGCCGACUACCUGUACUGGUCCCACAGUAAUCUCCACAAAGGCCGGCUGGCCUGGCGGAACCCCUUGGCUGGCUGGUCAUUCACGACAGAUGAGCGUUGGAUCAGCAGGUUGUCCAUAUCCAGAAACGGACUGAGCAUCACAGGAGUCCAAGAGCAUGACUUUGGCACUGUGGUCUUUUCAAGAUACAUUAAACAAGAUGGUGGUGCCACUCCAAUGAAAAUCUUUAGAAUCUCCAAAAUCACAGUAUCUGUCAAGUCAGCAUAUUCUCCUGCGCUGCCCGAAGAAGACGUGACGCUCUCCUGCCAUGUGGAGAAACCUCAAAGUCACCCGAGGCCUGACAUAUACUGGUUGAGUCCGGCGGGAAAGAGGAGUCGUCAGACUGGAGGAGAGCUCAUCAUUUAUGUCUCGGGCCGAGACAAUGGCUGGUGGAGCUGUGUUGUUGUGAAGGAUGGCGGGGAGGACAUGGCUACAGUUUUCGUUUCGGUUCUUUACCUUUCUCCAGCUCCCGAGUAUCCUCUGUACACCUCAGAACAUUCGUCUCUCAGCAUCCCCUGUCCCUUUGCCCAUAAUAUCUCCUGGGAGCAAUUCAAAUUCAGGGACGUCAAGAAAGUCCGCUGGCGCUACUCUCCAAAAAUGUUCUCCCCUCGUAUCUUCAUAAAUCCACAGAACAUCUUGUUCUUCUCCCCGACGGACAAUAAAUGGUGCUGGAGUGCUAACACAAGCAGGGGAAUGAGUUUUGUUGCAGACCUCCAAAAUGACCACAUGAUUUUGAGCAAAAAACAAUGGCGAGCCGAAGACAGAGGAUUCUACAUGUGCGACUUCAAAUUUAGCAACCACAUCUAUCUGCGCAGGGCUGAGAGAGUUGAGGUGCUACAGGUUGUGUCGUCUGCGGGAUCGGAACUUAGCAGCGGCCAGAGCGUCAAUCUGACCUGUAGCCUGGGUCGCCCGUUGCCCAAAGACCAUUGGGUGAAGUGGUUUGCACCUAAGCGCGCCGCUGUCCGGUCUCUGCUCGGCUCCGGGCGUUUGGACCCCGCCCAAAUCAACAUUCCAGACGUGGGCAUGGAUGACGGCGGCAGGUGGAGGUGCGAGCUGUGGCGGAAUGACACGAGGCUGACGUCCGCUGACAUCACGUUGACCGUCAGCCAACAGUUGAAUGCGUGGAUGCUCGGGAGCCUCUGCGGCAGUGCGGGCACCAUCGCCGUCCUCCUCUUCCUUAUUUACAUCAUCUGGAGACACCGACAGAUUCAGCGGAACACGAGACGCCACCGACGUCACGUCUGCCGCUGCAAACACCCCAAGCCCAAAGGAUUCUACAGUCGAUAAUGCAUCCUGCACCGUUUCAAAAUAAGGAUUGCGCUUUAAAAGGAGAACGUGCAAGUCAUGUGGUGUGCCGACGCUAACAGAUGAUGUC